AUGUCUCUGCCGUCUCCUCUGCUGUGCGCGCUGGUCCUACUGGCUCUCCCCUUCCUCCUCGAGGCGCAAGUGACGCCAGCGGCGUCGCCGGAGCCGGCGGCGAAUCCCGACCCAGUGGCCAUCUUGGAGGGCGGUCGCCAGUACAGCAAGCUCCUCAAGCUGCUGAAGGAUAAACACCUCGUCGACGGCAUCGCGAACCAGUUGCAAAUCUCGCCUGAUGGGCUCACUAUCUUCGCCCCCACCGACAAAGCCUUCAACAAGCUCCCCACCGGUGCCCUCAACAAGCUCUCGUCAGAAGAACAGACGCAGCUGCUGAUGCUCCAUGUAGUGGGCAGGUACUACAGCUUCGAGUUGCUCCCCACCGCCAGCAACCCCGUCCAGACGCUGGCCUCCUUAUAUACCCUAAACAUCACCAGCGGCAACAACCAGGCAAACGUUUCCACCGGAGCGGUGAACACGCCGGUGAACACCGGCCUCUACGACAAGUUCCCCCUCGCCAUCUUCCCCAUCGACGCCGUCCUGAUCCCGACAGAGCUGGUAGGAGGGAAGGCCCCCGCGCCAGGUGCGCCGUCGCCGGCGUCGCUGUCUGCGUCGGCAAGCUGCAGGGGGAGGAGGGUCGCCUGGGGAGUCUUCCUGGGGACUGGCCUGGCCUUCCUGGGCUUGCUCCGGUGA